UUAGCUCCGUCCUCUCUCUCUCUCUCUCUCUCUCUCUCUCUCUCUCACAGCUACUCUCUGUGUAUGCUCACUCAAUCGCUCAUCUCUUCUUCCGUUUCUUCUUCAUCUUUCUGAUCUGCUAAUUGUACAGGCCAUACAAAAUUGGGUGACUACCGCUUGAAUUGUGAUGUCUGCGCCGCUGCUCGGCAUAGGCGAGGAAGAAGGUAAAACCAAUGCUACUUUGCUGGUUUCCUCAACUGCGGCUGAAAAUGGACUCCUCAAUGCCACAGAGUUAAAAGAACGCAACUAUAUGGGAUUAUCUGAUUCUUCUUCUGUGGACAGCUCAGUCCUGUCCUUCUCAGAUGAGACUAAAAGUAACCUAAACCUAAAAGCCACAGAGCUGAGGCUUGGCCUUCCAGGAUCUCAGUCUCCUGACCGGGACUCAGAUCUCUGCUUGAGAAGCUCAGCUCAGCUGAAUGAGAAACCCUUGUUUCCAUUGCGCCCAUUGACUGAUGAUCACCACUCUUCAACAAAGACUGCUGUUUUGGGCAGCAAGAGAGGGUUCUCAGAUGCCAUGAAUGGUUUCUCAGAGGCAAAAUUUCUUGCUGAUUCAGAGGCCAAUAAUGUACUGUCCCCCAGGCCUUCUCAUAACAUGGGAUUGAAAACUAGUGGUGUGCUUGAGAAUCUCGGGGCUCAAGCCAAAGCCAAAGAAGUAACACCAACAAAGGCAAAACUUGAGAGGCCUCAUUCUGUCAAGGAAACUAGAGCAAACCUCGAAGGUUCUGCCAAUAACAAUAGCAAUGCACCAGCUACCAAGGCCCAAGUUGUGGGUUGGCCUCCUAUAAGAUCAUUCAGGAAGAAUUCACUGGCUACUACUUCAAAGAAUACUGAAGAAGGAGAUGGAAAAGCAGGAUCUGGUGCGCUGUUCAUCAAAGUCAGUAUGGAUGGUGCUCCAUAUUUAAGGAAGGUAGAUUUGAAGAACUACUCCGCAUAUCCAGAACUUUCAUCUGCACUGGAGAAGAUGUUCAGCUGUUUUACCAUAGGUCAAUAUGGCUCUCAUGGAACUCUAGGCAGGGAGAUUUUAAAUGAAAGCAAGCUGAAGGAUCUGCUUCAUGGGUCUGAAUAUGUUCUAACCUAUGAGGACAAAGAGGGGGACUGGAUGCUUGUGGGUGAUGUUCCGUGGGAGAUGUUCAUUGAUACAUGCAGGAGGCUGAGGAUCAUGAAAAGUUCCGAUGCCAUUGGUCUUGGUUAGUAUUUCGUUCACAUCCAUCUAUGAUUUAAGCUG